UAGAGUGGAUCUCUAUAGCGAAGGCAUGCUUUACAAAGAAUAAUUAUUAUAGAUAUAUGUAUGUUAUGUAUUUAAUGUAUGGCACGUCAUGACGUAGUUAUAGCGCAUUCCAAAGUACAUAAGUUAAAUUAUAUUCCUAUCCUAUUAGAAUUUGUGGCCUUGUCAGGGAAGAGGCCCAAAUCGGGGAGCUAUUGAUAACACUUGUUCUUGAUGCUUACUUAUGUCAACUCAUAUUGACCGGUAUAUACAGUUCAUUAAUUCCGCUGAAAAUAACGAAAAUAAGAUUAUUAAUACGUUUCAUAUGUAAAAAUUGGCCGAAGUAAUUAAGUGUAGGUAAUAAGAAUAUUCAAUUGUGAUAAAUAAGUAAGAACUUACAUCUAAUAAAACAAUGACGGAUAGAGAUUUGUCAUAUAAAGUGGAAUAUGCGAAAAGUGGAAGAUCGACAUGCAAAGCAUGUAAUAACAAAAUCGAUGAAGGUACUGUGCGAAUAGCUGUUUUGGUGCAGUCUAUUCACUUUGAUGGCAAGGAAACUAGGUGGCAUCAUGAGAAGUGUUUCUUUACAUCAAACCAGCCUACAUCUACUGCUGAAAUUGGCAACUUUUGUAAUCUUAAGAAUGAUGAUCAGACGAGAAUCAAAUCUCAAAUUGAAAAACCAUCGGGUAUGGUGGUGCCAGUUACAACGCCUAGUAAUCCUAAGAAAAGGCCUACGGACCCUGAAGCUGUGUCUCACAUUCUGGCACUCAAAGACUACACUAUCCAGUGCUGCAAGAGUAACAAGAUAUCUUGUACCCAUUGUGGCAUUAAAAUAUGCAAAGAUGAAAUUCGUAUUUCAAAAAAUGUGUUCAAUAAUUCGCUACAAAAAAAAUUUCCUUCAUCAUACCAUAUCAAGUGCUUUGUGGAACUAAGGAAUGAACUACAUUUCUAUGCUGGUGGGGAGAGUAUACCUGGAUUUAAAACUUUGAAGAAGAAGGAUAAGGAGAUGGUGAUGGCAGAGAUCAAACCGUUGAGUGACGAUGAAAUACCCACAAAGAAAUUAAAAACAGAAACAAGUGAAGAAGACAAGAAAAAAAUGGUUGAACAAAAUGAACUAUUUCACAAAUACAGGAAAGCUCUGAGUGUGCUUUCUAAGCAAGAUAUGGAAAAGCUAUUGGAGGCAAACUCACAGAAGUUGCGUUACAACUCUGGACCUAAUGAGCGUUUGGACAGCCUCGCCGAAUGCAUGGCGUUCGGUAAGCUGGAGCCCUGCGAGGUAUGCAAGCAAGGACAACUGGUGCUACUCACUAACAAAUAUAAAUGCACUGGACACUUAACUGAAUGGACGAAAUGUACCUAUGUCACCCAGAACCCUAAAAGAUUGCCAAUGGUCAUACCGACCGAGUUUGCGAAAAACCCAAUCUUCGAGAACUUCACUCCUACUACUGAUGUGAGACUAUUUGAAACUGCACCUGAACCAGAAGCUAAGCCUUUUACCCCGGCCAAGAAAGAGAUACACUCGGUCAUACCACCACUAAAAGACCUACAGUUCUAUUUUUAUGGCGACGUUAAUAAUAAGGAAGAAAUUCAUAAACGGAUCUUAAAGUUGGGUGGUGUAGUCAUUACUCAGUUGUUAGACACUACCGCAGCUGUGGUCUCUACUAAGGCUGAUGUGGAUAAAAUGCUGUUUAAAAUGAAAGAAAUCCAAUCUAAGGAUAUUCAGGUUGUUGAAGAAACAUUUUUCGAUGUUAUUGAAAAAGCCAGCUCUUGCACUGUCGCUCAGUCAUUGGAACUGAUCAAAGAAAAUAAUAUCGCUGAUUGGGGAUCAGACCCAGCUUCAAGAAUUCCCACUGAAAUAUUAGGAGAAAAAUCUUCAACUUCAACAAAUUCAGUGCUGAAACUUGCAGGAGGAUCAUCAGUAGAUCCAGCUUGUGGUUUGAACACUAGCAAAGUUCACGUGUAUGUGGAUACGAACAAUACUAAAUACACCGUGGUACUGUCACUAACUGAUAUCGUCGCUCAGAAGAACUCUUACUACAAGUUGCAGGUGUUGGAGGCCGAUGAUAAGAAAAAAUACUGGCUAUUCGUUUCGUGGGGUCGUAUCGGCACUAACUUCGGUAAAUCUAAAACAGAACCCUGCAAGUCUAGAGCAGAAGCAGUCAAAAAGUUCGAAAGUCUCUUUCAGCAAAAAACACAAAAUGACUGGAACAAUAGAGGGCAAUUUAAAAAGGUGCCAGGACGUUACUAUCCGUUAGAAAUGGACAAUGCGACCGACUUUGCCUCAAAUGAAACUCUGGUUGUGAGCGACAAAUGUGCCCUCGACAAGUCAGUACAAAAACUUAUCAUCAAGCUGUUUGAUGUCAAAACAAUGAAUAAGACAUUAACAGAAUUCGAGCUUGACACUGAGAAGAUGCCGCUGGGAAAGCUAUCGAAGAAUCAAAUCAUUGCAGGAUACAAUAUUUUAUCGGAAGUUCAAGCAUUGAUUGAUAGUGGAUCUAUCGAUAAAAUUAAGUUUAUAGACGCUACUAACAGAUUUUUCACAUUGAUCCCUCACAACUUUGGCACGAACAAUCCGCCGUUACUCGACAACGCGGAGAUAAUUCGCUCCAAAGCGGCCCUGUUAGACAACUUGCUGGAGAUAGAAUUAGCUUACAGUUUGUUCAAAAUACGAACAAAUGAAAGCAACCCCAUACUGGCCAACUAUUUGAAGUUGAAAGUGGACAUCGCACUGCUGCCGGAUGCUUCGCCCGAGUAUGGGAUGAUAAAUGAGUAUUUGGACAACACGCAUGGACACUCUCAUGUAAAAUAUUACACUUUAAGCCUUCAAAAGGUAUUUAAAGUGGUUCGUGAGGGAGAAGAUGACAGAUUCUCGCCAUUUAAAAAGCUUCACAACAGACGUCUACUUUGGCACGGAUCGCGCACUACCAAUUUUGUUGGUAUCCUUUCUCAAGGUCUCCGCAUAGCGCCACCCGAGGCCCCAGUGACUGGCUACAUGUUUGGCAAAGGAGUGUACUUCGCGGAUAUGGUGACCAAGUCUGCCAACUACUGCCGUAAAAACUAUUUUGAUACAAUUGGGUUCCUGCUGCUAUGCGAAGUUGCCCUUGGAAACAUGCAUAAAGUCAUACAUUCAAACUCGACGCCAUUGCCACGAGGUAUGGACUCUAGAUUUGGAGAGGGUGCAACGAUGCCAGACCCUGCUCAAAAUAGAAUUUUGGACGACGGUACUAUGGUGCCGCUGGGGAAACCGAUACGGAUCAAACCAGACUCACCAGAUACGCUCCGUUAUAACGAAUUUAUCGUUUACAAUGAAGCACAAGUCAAAGUAAAGUACUUGUUGCAGGUCAAAUUUAAUUACGUCAACAGUCCAGUAGUAAAGUAAUCCUAUAAGGUUAUAAUUUUAUUGCUGCUUAUGGUUGAAUUUAAUAGAGAUCUAAUAAUCAUUGUAGAUUAUUAUGUUUAAAACCGUAAGUCUAGUCUUAUAAAUUACAUACAAGACCAGAUAUAACGUAACGAUUAAGAUAAAAUAUACUGUUGAAAACUUUUUCAAAUGCCGAAGCCGAUAUUACUAAUGAGUAUUGAUUAUAAUCAUUAUUCUUUUAGGGGUAAUUUUAUAAGCAUUUAAUGUUAGUACAUAGUAAGAAAAAAAUUCUAAAGUCUUAGCAUAGCUAAGCUAAAUAAAUACAUUAGAUGUUUAAAUAAGUUUAGGUACUUGUUAUGGAUACCAAACACCGAAAAACUGUGAUUUAUGCAUUUAUACUAACAAUAGAGUUACCUAAUAUCUGUUUGUAGUACCUGACAUAAUUCAACCUCAGCAUUUAUACAAGUGCACUCAUUUUAAAUGCCAAAAGUAACAAAGUAGUAUAUUAAUUAGUUAGUGAUAUACAUACUAUAUACUUGCAAUUCAACACACCUACAUCUUUUAUGUAAAGUACACUUUACAUAAAACACUUUACAUAAAACGCGUUGCUGUAGUAGUGUAGUCUGCUGUUUGGUUCUCUUAACAUAUUUUCAGUUUUAAAAUAAUUUAUUAUAGGGACAACUACCCAAUUGCUAGCACUGCACCAAAUUAUCAGCACUCUGAAUAAAUCGACCAAUUCUAAGGUUUUCACUUACUAAUUUGGGUUUCCAUACUUAUAAAUAAAUAAAUGUAUGUUUUUGGAAUCCUGCUAUUGGGAAAAUCAUACUUUGAGACCUCAAAUUGAUGGAAAUUAUGUAAACAAACAUUUGUGUCCUGCAGUUUCUUCUGUUUUUGCCUGUUUCUUGUGAUCGCCAUUAAGGUUACGUGUUUACAUUUUAUGAUAUAUCGUAUCUUUUACAAAUUUAAUAUUGAAACUACUGAUUUCUCUGAUAUUUGGGAUAAUAUUUGAUGAUAAUCUGAAGAAUAGAAUUUGAGGUUCUGGUGAUUAAUUGGUAAAAUACGUAGUGCUGAUAAAUGGAUCGAAUAUUUUGUAAAUUCUAAAUUAUCAGCACUGGUGAUGAUAAAUGGAAAAAAGUACAUAAAUACUAAUUUCAUAUUUUUUAAUGUAAAUUAUGUUUAUUUUAUGCAAAGAAUUGAUUUUGCUUUGUAAAAGUAGUUUAUACCAUUAAAAUCCAAAUGUUAGCAUGGUGCUGAUAACUGGAUCAGAAGCAUGCUGAUAAAUUGGUUUCCCUAGAAUAUCAUCAUCUCUUCUUAUUUCUUUCUAUUUAUUUUUUCUCUUCUUAUUUUUUGUUUUAUUACCAGUAUUAUUAGCAGAAAUUUUGUAGAUGGUAUGCAAGCUACGAUAACUUUAGAGAUUAUUUUAGUAGUGCGCAAUUGGUAUGUCUUGAUAGUCAACAAUAUUUACUAACACCAGUCAGAUUACAGGACAUUUCGUAAAAUUAAUGUAAUAUUGAUAUGAUAACAAUUUACAUUAUAACUUAAGACAGAAGGUCUCUUAAGUAGGGACUAAAUAAAAUAACCGACUUGGUAUUACAUGGAUCUCAUAUUUUUUUACGGUACAUAAACUGAUGAGGUGCGAGACUUGGAUUUGUUUACAGAAUGUUUUUGAUGGUAUCUCACUUCUUUUUGUAGAUUCAAUUAUUCCAUUAAACAAUAAAAAGUAACUGCAUCAAUAACUUUGUAAUCUCAUACAUUUAUAUGGGUUUACAAAGUUAUUGAUGUGAUGAAAUUGUAACUGUAUCAAUAACUAUCUAAUCCCAUACAUUUAGGAUUACAAAGUUAUUGAUGCAGUUGAUUUAUCUAAAAAACUGGACUAAAUUUACAAAAUAUUUGAUUUUUCCCUUGAUGUAGGUUCUAAAUACUAAUUUUAUACAAAAAUUUUAAGCUUCUAUGUCUGUUAGAAGUGCCUUAUACUUUUGAUGAUCUGUCAGUCAGUGACAAAGUUUCGAAACUUUGACGCGUUAUAAUUCUUAAAUUAAUGGUUAAAAUUUAAUGUAAAUUCAAAUAUACCAUGUUUGUACAAUGCUUGCUUAGUAUCUGAAAAUUCAGGCUUCUUGUUUUAUCCACAACGAAGUUAUAUGCGGUCGAAAUUGGCCUGAAUGGUUUCGAGAAAAGGAUGGUACGGCCGUGACGCUUUUUUUUGCUCGACUUAUACAGAUAAAAGUAUAAUUAGAUUAUCUGUAAUUGUUUUGUUACCUACUUACUAACUAUAUAAAAAUAAUUAAAAACAGAUUUUAAUAAUGUAACAAAUUUUUUAAUGCAAUUCCUAACAGUGAUAGUGAGGUGCUGAUAAUUGGGUUGUUCUAUGCUAGUAAUUGGUGGAGAUGGUGCUAGUAAAUGGUGACAGACCCAUUUUUUAUUCUUACUUGUCUAAAUAAUCUUAGAUAGAAGUCAAUCAUUUUUUGCUUUUAUUAUCGUCUUCCUUAUUAAAUAUUAUAACUAUAAAAUUUGCCUUAACAGACAAAAGCCUUUUCUUCACAAUAAUAAAUUGGCUUAAAUUAGGACUAACUCUUAAAGUGCUGAUAACCGAUUCCGUGCGGAAGUCUUUUUAGCAAUCUUUAGUGCCUGGCGUCAAACAAAAUUUCUGUGAUGCCUCUGAGGCACCAAGCGCCAGAAAGUUUGAUGAUUCCCCUGGGGAAUCAUCCGCCAUGAAUUGUCACUUUUAGCUUGUUUUCGUGUUUCUACUUGCUAAAAUAAUCAUUUGACUUCGUGUAUCUAACGUAGGCAGUCAGUAAAUUCGUUCAGUGCGUUUAAAAGUGACGAUCUGUGUGUUUUUAUGGAAAUGGAAGGUAAGUGAGUAAUUUAUAAUAGGGGUCGUAAACCUUUUUGCAUUAUUUCAUGGAUUUAUUUAUUCAAGUGUUGUAAAGAAUAUAUACACGUACCACUUGAGUUUGUCGCGAGGUGAUAUUUAUUUAUUAUUAUUUAUAAUACAGUGUUUUGUAGGGAAACAAUUUUAACUUCACUAUUUUGAUGAUAAAAUUGUUUCUCUACAAAAUACUGGAUUACUGUAGAACAUUUAACUGAAUGGGAAGUCCGAUUCUAAUGAAUAAAAAAUAUUGUACUCGUAGGUACCUAUAAACAUUUACAUGAAAUAGUUAUGGCCGGGGUGAAAUAGUUAUGCACCGCACAGUUAGUAUGAAAAACUAGCGGGACAAAAUUAUUUUGUACCAAUACCAGAGCAAAGCAGCUUGUCUUGAUUCUUUGGCGUUAGAAGGAUCAUUUAAGACAUGUCCUAAAUUGACUUUUGUCCGUCUAGUUUAUCAAAAUAUUAUACUGUGCGCCGGCGCAAACAAUUAUGAACGGCGUAGUUUUAAACAAUAAUCAACCGUAUACGCAAGGAAAUACGGUACUUCGUAGGCGAAGGGCCGGCGAACAGCGCACUCUUUGUACGUUUUUAGGCAACAAUGAACCUUAUGACAAAAGCAUUUGAUUUUUGAGAAACAUUCCAGAAAGUGGGCUGUUAGAAUUAUAAUCAAUAAUAAAAUGUGUCGGCAACUUGGUUUACAACCCCUGAUGUCAGCUAAUUUGUGAAAUUACUUAAAACGAACACUGUGGGCAUGAUAAGGGUGACAAAUAAAGACACUUUUAUUUAGGGGGCUCUUUUGACGAAUGUCGUUUAAGCCGAGUUUUGUAUGAUUUAGUUUUGUAUCCUCUCGGGCACCAUACGCCAUACGCAAUAGAUUUUACAUGGUGCCUGUGCGGCAUCAUCCGCACGGAAACGGAUAAUUGGGUAGUUUACCCUACCCAUAAUGUAACAGUAAUCUCCUAUGAAACUCAAGUAUGUAAUUAAGGGUAGUAAGUGCCAUACUUUGUUUUCAUUUUAAUUUUUAAGUUGAAUUGCUUUUAAAUUUUUAAUUUUAAGUGAUACUGUUGUUUGUUGUGCCAAAUACCUUUUGUGUUUAUAAAAUAAGCGCCAAGACUACAUAGUUUAUAUGUCCCUGACAGUGAAACUGCAAUAAACUACGUUUUUGAAAAUAAAUAAAUCAAAAUUCAACGUGUUGUUCAUUUAGAAUUCGCAAUUAUUACUAUUUAUUCGAUCCCCAAAAAGGUACUUAUUCCUUACUCAACUAAUCGUACCUACAACAUUAGACCAUGUAACUACACUCAGUACCUACCUUACGUACUUUUAAGAAGACUGUUGAUAUAUUAUUAUUUGCCUACAAUUUUAUAUAGGCGCCUCACAAGUACAUACAUUUAUGAUUGAUAACUUAGGGAGAUUAACUUGUUAUCGAACUGUUAAAAAUAAUAACAUACACGAUCUCUAUUCGUUUAACAGUAUAGGUACCUAUUAUUAUUUUUACUAUUCUGAACUAUAUUCCUAUUUUCCCAUAUAUCAUCUUGACCUUGUGAAAAAAGAGGCCCGAUUAGGGAGAUUGGGAGUUGUUGUCGGCGUCGCUUUGCCGCGCCAUUAGGUCGCCUUAUUCAAACCAACAGUUCGUUCACUAACUGCGGAGAAUACCGCAAACGUAAAUAUUUUGUGUAAAAGUUGAUACAAUUUAAGAACGUUACUAGUAACUAGAGAUUUAUUACUAAUUUUUAUUACUUAUUAAACACAGAGUGGCGUAAAUUACAUAGUAAUAGUACCAUAGUAAGAAUAUAAUAUUAAUUACUUGGGUACAAUGUACCCAUUUCCAAGGGAGUCAUAUUAUGUUGACUUGAGCAUACACAAGUUUAAGGCGGAAUAUGCUAAAAGUGGAAGAAUGAAGUGUAAAGGGUGCGGCCAAGAAAUUGAUAAAGAUACUGUGCGAAUUGCUAUUAUUGAGCGUGUAACGUGUCAAUUGUUUUGCGCGAACGAAUACAAAUGGCACCAUGAACGUUGUUUUUUUAAAAAAGUCAGAGUAGUUAUUACUCCUGAACAUAUUCGUGACUUUUCUACGCUCAAGGAUAAGGAUCAGAUUAGAAUAAAAAGUAUACUUG